AUGGCAGCGACUGAGGCAUAUUCAGAACAGUUUCAAGGUACCGACUGGGCCACAUGGGCGGAACGCUUGACGUUCUUCUUCGAAGCGCAAGGAAUCACAGACCCUAUUAAAAAAAGGGCCCAACUGCUUACAAGAUGCGGACCCCAGACGUUUGCGACGAUUCGAGCUUUGCUCGCUCCUCGGAGCUUGUAUGACGCCACGUACCAGGAGAUUGUGGAACUGCUCCGGAAGCACUACGACCCGCAACCCUCCGAGGUUUUCAGCAGAUGCAAAUUCCAAAGGAGAGAUCAACAAGCUGGGGAAUCCAUUAAUACCUACGUAACAGCACUGCGUAAACUUGCAGCUGACUGUAACUUCGGUGCUGCGUCCACUCCGACAGGAACAGCGGUGGAAACAGCGGCGUCAUCAACAGGUGCUGGCACCGCUACGUCACCGGCGACUUCGUCCACGAUGCUUCCGCUUGAUAUUAUGCUCAGAGAUAGAUUUGUCUGUGGCAUAAAGGAUAGCAAUCUGCAACAACGACUAUUUGCGGAAAGGGACCUAACGUUCAGCAAAGCACUGGAUUUUGCGUUGCGGGCAGAAAGUGCAGCGGCUGAGCAAGAUGGCGUGAAAGCAUCUCAGGAAGAAGUACACAAGAUAAAGCUCCAACAGAAAGACGGCAAUAGGACAAGGAAAAACCAACGCAAAGUUAGUUGCUACCGUUGUGAAGGGGCACACUUUGCAAGAGACUGCAAGUACAAGAAUGCCCGAUGUAGAUUCUGCAAGAAGGUGGGCCACAUUGAAGCCGCGUGUCGUAAGAAAAAAGCAGCUGGCAAAAGCGACACCAACCUGUUGACAGAAGACGAGGAUGGAGCAACAUCACUGGAUGAUCUGUACCAUGUCGCGCAGAAGGUAUCGAACUCCAAGUUCUUAACAACGUUACUCGUUAACGACAAGCCAGUACAGUUCGAAGUGGACUCUGGCGCGGCUUGCUCACUCAUUGCCGAGGAAAUGUACAAAAACACGUGGCCAGAGAAGCCGCCCCCACUAGCUCCGGGAACAGUACAGCUCAAAACAUGGUCGGGUGAAGGGCUCGACAUCUUGGGAUCCACAACUGUCGUGGUCCAGUCCAGGAGGAAGAAGUGCAUGUUGCCGCUACUAGUAAUAAGGGGAUCAGGAGCAAGUCUGCUUGGCAGAAAUUGGUUUCGACCACUACAGAUCGAAGUAAGCGGAAUCAACUAUGUCAACGGCGACUGCCUAGAACGAAUACUCGAGGAACACAAAGAGGUCUUUGGAAAGGACAUCCAAGGCCACAGAGGCGAUCGGGUAGACAUCCAGCUUCAGGAUAGAGCAACGCCGAAAUUCUGCAGGGCAAGGCCUGUGCCAUUUGCCCUACGGGAAGCCGUAUGCGCAGAACUACAAUGCCUAGAACAGCAGGGGAUCAUCGAGCCGGUGCAGCAUUCCGAGUGGGCAACUCCGGUGGUGUGCGUUCGGAAGAAGGACAACACCAUACGACUAUGUGGGGACUAUCGGAGCACAAUUAAUGCAGCAGCGAUGAAGGCGGAUUAUCCACUGCCUACGCCAGACGAGGUGAUGAGCAAACUGCAAGGAGGCACGCUCUUUUCCACGUUGGACAUGACACAGGCCUAUCAACAGUUGAGAGUGACAGAGACAACCGCACAGCAGUUGACCAUCAAUACCGUGAAAGGCCUGUACAAAGUCAAGCGGUUACCAUUUGGAAUAGCAGCAGCUCCUGCUAUAUUUCAGAGGUUUGUCGAGAAGCUUCUAGCUGGCAUUGACGGCAUCGCAGUCUACCUAGACGACAUCAUUAUCAGUGGAGCAGACCAACAACAGCACAAUCGACGUCUGGAAACAGUACUGGCAAGACUGGAACAGUCCGGACUGAGACUUAAGAAAACAAAGUGCAAAUUUGCAUGUACCGAAGUGGAAUUCUUAGGACAUAACAUCACAGGUUCGGGCGUGCGGCCGACAGAUGCAAAAAUACGGGCACUACUGAAAGCUCCUGAGCCAACGUCGAAAGAGACCUUACAGUCAUUCCUCGGAAUGUUAGCCUUCUAUGAUCGUUUUUUGAAAGGCAGAGCAACUACGGCAGCACCACUCUAUAAACUGCUUGCGAAAAACGCAACGUGGAAGUGGACCACGGAACACAAGACUGCAUUUGAGGCGCUCAAGGAACAGAUUUGCCAUGCUCCUGUGCUGGCCCACUACGACCCACACAGACCACUGAUACUAUCAUGCGACGCUUCGCCGUACGGCGUGGGUGCGGUACUCGCGCAAGAAGACAAUGAAGGCAACGAAAGACCUGUCGCUUUCGCAUCCAGGACCUUGGGACCAGCAGAGAGAAAUUACUCUCAACUAGACAAAGAAGGCCUGGCAAUCGUGUAUGCGGUUGUACAUUUCCACAUGUACUUAGCGGGUCGACACGUGCAAAUAUACACUGACCACAAGCCGUUACUCGGGAUCCUCGGAACUACGAAACCUGUGCCACAGUUGACGUCGCCCCGAAUGCUGAGAUGGUGCGUUAAGCUUGCUGCCUAUAGCUACGAUCUAAGCUAUCGUCCGGGAAAGCUGAACUCGAAUGCCGACGUUUUGAGCAGGCUGCCGUUGCCGUCUACAGAUGAUGAGCCGUGCCACCCAGCGGAUGUGCUAAUGUUCGAAGCAUUAAGCCGUCCUCCCCUAACUGCGGAAGAAAUCUCGUCAGCAACGCAGAGCGAUCCAGUUCUUUCCGAAGUGUACACCGCUAUUAAAGCAGGGACGUUGUACAAGUUACGAGACGCACAGUUUCGCCAGUUUCGGGCAAGAGCCACGGAAUUUUCCUUCCACAGAGGCUGUAUUCUGCGUGGAUCAAGAGUGGUCAUUCCACAAAGCAAAAAGAAGCAGGCGCUAGAGUUGGUGCACGCUGGUCACCGUGGCAUCGUGGCUAUGAAAGCCUGUGCCCGGAGUUACAUGUGGUGGUGCGGUAUCGACAACGACAUAGAGGAGAUGGCCAAGACGUGCAUCAUUUGCGGGAAGAAUCAGAAGUCUCCCGCGAAGGUGGUACAGCCAGAGUGGACUCGACCCAGCAGCCCAUGGCACACCAUUCAUCUAGACUUUGCUGGACCUAUUCGAGGUAUCACAUUGCUAGUAAUAGUGGAUGCCUAUAGCAAGUGGAUGGAGGUUCGGCAAGUGGAAAGUCCAAACUCAGCUACUGUGAUACGAGUGCUCCGCGGCCUCUUUGCGACAUUUGGAAUUCCGCAAAAAGCAGUGUCGGAUAAUGGAACUGCUUUUGUGUCCGAGGAGAUGAAGGAAUUCUACCGGAGAAACGGGGUUAAGUGCGUCACGGCAGCACCUUAUCACCCUGCUACCAAUGGGCAAGCCGAAAGAAUGGUCGGUUAUUUUAAACGGGCACUGUCGAAAGAAACAUCGGGAACGCUGGCUACGCAAGUUUCAAGGAUAUUGUUUAAGCAACACACAACGUGUCACGCGACAACGGGGAAGACCCCCGCAAGACUGAUGUUCGGGCGAGAAUUACCCUCGGCUCUGGAUGGUCUCCUACCGAAACGUCACACCAGCCAGCUCGAUAAGCUACCAGAAUCAAGGACACUCCAUGAAGGUGACGUGGUCCUCAUCAGAAACUUCAGGAGCAAGCCAACAUGGGUGCAAGGAGACGUGACCAGAAGAGUGGGUCGCCGUUCGUGGAUGGUGCGCACAGAGGACGGCGAGUGCCGACGUCAUAUCGAUCACAUUAGGCUACUCCGACGUAAGGCACAACUGUUGGACACUGGCACUUCGCCUCUUCUGGCUUGGGACAUAGGCGAUACUGAGGAUCAAGUUACCAGGAACGAGGAAACGUCGUCCGUUCCACCUCCUUUGGAAGGACGGCCUAAGAGAGUCAGAAGGAAACCAGAUCGAUAUGGAGACUUUGUUUCGGAAUAG